AUCCUGGAAUGGGAAUGAUGGGAAUGGGGAUGGGAGGGAUGAUGGGGUGCAUUUAUAAGGCAUGAUGGACCCGAUGAUGAUGAGUGGUGGCUACGGCGGAAUGGGAAUGAUGGGAGGAUACGGGGGAGGAUAUCCAAGUUACCAGCUUGGCGGAGGUGCGUAUGACUUAAAAGACGAUGAUUUCGAUGCUCAUCGACGAGAACAUCACAUUCACAUGUCAGGACUCGAUGGCUAUUCCGGUCAGUACGGCGGGGGAAUGUACGGUGGGAUGGGAGGGAUGAUGCCUGGAUAUGGAGGCGGGAUGAUGCCUGGUAUGGGUUACGGUGGGAUGAUGCCUGGUAUGGGUUACGGCGGGGUGAUGCCCUAUGGCGGAGGUCUUUACGGCUGAGAUCGAAAGGAGCGGACAAUCAAGUCUCGAUAUCUGUAACUUCCGUCGGGGGUGCGGUUCCGAUCACGACUCUCUCACGCCAACAAACCCCCUGGUGACAGUCAGCGCCACAAACUCCUGUUAACGUUCAGCCUCGUCGACCCUGGAUCGACCACGACCACAAUCGCGAUAAAACAGGACCUCGCUGGGCGACUAGCGCAGGGAAAGUCGUCGCAUCUCAUUACUAUUGUCCUCAUUCGGGGGAUCCGGGCCGAAGGUUUUCUCAUCUCUGUAUCAUAACUGUCAUGAA